AGCUCCUACCGUAAGCGAGAGUGGAGCCGGUGUCAAAAUGAAGCGGUUCUGCAGCACUUAUGCACCGUCCCGACGGCUUCAAGAGAAGCCACUGCAUUUGAUGGACGUAAUAUGUGCGACAUCUGGACGUCCAUCCAAGUGAAUGGAGUGAAACUUUCAUGGAGCUUCUUAUUGAAACACGCAAGCGUCCGAUUAGGCCUAGCUCUGGUGGGGCUCGCCGCGGAAAAAAAGAUUGGGCUCACACCGCAAACGUUUAGUGCUUCUAGGAUUUUUAUUCUACGGUUCCUUUCAAGAUGUGGAACAUGAUGUGUGAUGUGAUGCCCACCAUCUCGGAGGACAGUAUCUCGCAGCGGAGCGGACAGUUCUCCGGCGAUGAAGCCAAUUUCGAGCAGCUUAUGGUUAACAUGUUAGAUGAGCGCGAUAAGCUCAUGGAAACGUUGCGUGAGACACAGGAGACUCUCACCACGACGCAACAAAAGCUUUCAGACGUGGAAAAAGAGCGAGAUUCCUUACAGCGGCAGUUACAAGCAAAUCUGCCGCAGGAAUUUGCAACUAUUACCAAAGAGCUUAACCAGGCGAGGGAACAGCUGUUGGAAAAGGAAGAGGAGAUACAGGAAUUGAAAGCGGAACGCAAUAACACCAGGCUCCUAUUGGAACACCUCGAGUGCCUGGUAUCAAGACACGAGCGCUCCUUGCGGAUGACGGUGGUUAAGAGGCAAUCACAAUCACCAGCGGGUGUCUCCUCAGAAGUGGAAGUGCUCAAGGCCCUCAAGUCCCUCUUUGAACAUCACAAGGCACUCGAUGAGAAGGUGCGGGAAAGACUGAGGGCAGCGUUGGAACGUGUUACUAGCUUAGAGGAAGAACUCAACAGAGCAAAUGAAGAGAUAUCUCAGUACAAGAGCAAAGGCAAUGGGAAAGGUAUCUUAAACAAGGCAAGUUUUUUUUUUUUCCUUCUUUCGGUAAUUUCCGUGACAAGAAGUACUGGCUGUCAGGUGUCAAACGGGUCGGCCGAAGUGGUGGAAGAAGCGGCCAAGAUGGUGGAGAUGCAGGAGGCGCUGGAGAAACAGGCGGCCGAGCUGUCGUUGUCGCGGAGCAAACUCAACGAGCUGCUGCCAAAGAUUCGGGAACUGGAAGAGUCUCUCCAACUGGCCCAGAAGGAGGUUGCCAAGCUCAAGGAGGAGAAUGUACAUCUCGCGCGGGACCUCAAGGAGAACAAUGCCCAGAAAGAAGACCAAGAAGAGCGUAUCUCGACACUGGAGAAGCGCUGCCUUAAUGCCCAGAGAGAAUCGGUCUCUCUGCAUGACCUCAAUGAGAAGUUGGAACAGGAGCUUUCUAACAAGGAGGCCCAACUGAAACUGAGUGAGGAGAAAGUACGAACCCUCCAAGAACGACUUGAGUUGGCUGACCAGAAGCUGGCCCAGUUCUCAAAAAAAGAAACAGAUGUCGACCUCACAUCUGUCAUAGCUCACGAUAAACACAGUUCAAUGGAGGACACAGUGAGCCGUUUGGAGUCCCAGCUGGAAGAAAAGGCCUGCGAACUGUCUCGGUCCCGUCAGCGUGAGAAGAUGAAUGAGGACCACAGCCACAAGUUGUCUGCAACGGUGGACAAGUUGCUGGCUGAGAGCAAUGACAGGCUCCAGCUGCAUCUCAAGGAACGCAUGCAUGCCCUCGAUGAAAAGAACCUCCUCUUGCAGGAGCUGGAUCGCACACGCAGAAUGUUGGAAGAGACGCAGGGAGAGAAGGAGAAAAUAUUUGAAGAGCUGUCCAAGAUGCGGGCAGAAAUGGAUGCCGUCAGGCGAGACGUUCAGUCCUACAGGACAGAAAGCAUAGCCAGCAGGGUGACAGCGAGUCGUCCCCACCACUCCCCCUUGUCACCCCAGGUGAUAUCCCCCCCUUCCGUAGUCUCGGAUGGUACCACAGUGCCGGAUGGCUAUCGUGCCACGUCAACACCUCUGGACUUUGGUCCACAACACCGGACCGCAGUGCAGCGGCCGACUGGCGACGUAUCGGAAUGGGAGAAAAGUCACAACACCCAGAGCUUUGAAGGUGGUAGUGACACAGAGUGCAGCCAAGAGGACAAUGAGAGCCUUUUGGAUGCUAUGGACAUUCUCUCACCCGCUGGAAACACAGAUGCACAAGCACUGGCUUUGAUGUUGCAGGAACAGCUGGAUGCCAUCAAUAACGAGAUACGGCUAAUCCAGGAAGAAAAACAGAGCACAGAACAGCGGGCAGAAGAGCUCGAGUCUCGGGUGGGUUUGGAACCUGGCCUAUUGUUGUCACGUGGACGUUCGUUUGAGCGACCUUCUCCUCCCCUGAGUGGCCGCUCUACUCCUCCUCCUCACAGCCCCCAGAGAGAAUACAUGCCAAAGUACCACACGGUGCCAGCAUCGUUAGACGUGCGAGAAGAGAGGACGACCCCUCGCACAUUGCGCAUUGACCGUGUCACGCAGGCGUUUGCUCAGAGUUCAGAAGAGCUUCGCAGGUCACUGGGGCCCGAAGCAUCCGGCAUUCCACCAGAUGCACUGCUCAGGGUAUCCAUGGAUGGGUCCUUGAGUGCCCAGUCUCCAUUAAGCUCAACGCAUUCGUCUCAAGAUUCACUCAACAAGGCAGCUAAGAAGAAGGGCAUCAAGUCUUCUUUGGGAAGAUUUUUCAGCAAGAAGGUUAAAGGAAAAGAUGUCUACGGACAGGAAUAUGGCAUGCCAGGUGGCAUCUACAUAGACAGUGACCUCUGUGGGAGUGACAUGGGAACGUUAUCUAUGGCUCUGGGACCCAAAACGGAAGUGGACCGCCGUACCAAGAAAAAGCACGAGCUGCUUGCGGAAGCCAUGAAGGCCGGAACGCCCUUUGCACUGUGGAAUGGUCCCACCAUUGUAGCCUGGUUAGAGUUGUGGGUGGGCAUGCCUGCGUGGUACGUGGCCGCUUGCCGAGCAAAUGUCAAGAGCGGUGCCAUCAUGUCUGCCCUCUCGGACACGGAGAUCCAGCGAGAAAUCGGCAUCAGCAAUCCUCUUCAUCGGCUCAAGCUGCGUCUCGCUAUCCAGGAAAUGGUGGCCCUCACCAGCCCUUCAGCAGCAAAGCCUGCACGCACGAGCCUGGCAUUUGGUGAGAUGAACCACGAAUGGAUAGGCAAUGAAUGGCUUCCCAGCUUGGGUCUCCCCCAAUAUCGAUCAACCUUCAUGGAGUGCCUGGUUGAUGCACGAAUGCUCAACCACCUCACCAAGAAAGACUUCCGGGUUCAUCUCAAAAUGGUGGACAACUUGCACAGAACCAGCCUCCAGUGCGCCGUUGACUGCCUCAAGAGGGUCAACUACGACAGGCAAGAGUUGGCUGAGCGAAGAAAAAACAGCGAAAAUGAUAGCAAAGAUGUGCUGGUCUGGUCCAAUGAACGUGUAAUCAAGUGGCUCAACAGUAUUGGACUUCGAGAGUACUCGGUCAACUUGCUCGAGUCUGGUGUCCAUGGUGCUCUCUUGGCGCUAGACGACACUUUUGAUCAUAAUGCCAUGGCGCUUGCCUUGCAGGUGCCAACUCAAAACAUUCAGGCACGGCAGCUAUUGGAGCACGAGUUCAACAAUCUCCUCAUGAUUGGAACGGAGAGGAGACCGGACGAUGGAGCCAAGCACAUAGGGAGAGCCAUUCCAGGAAUACAAGGAGAUAGACUAGUGUGAUCACAAUUUACGAUGUGUCCAUGUCCAUCAUCAUCAUCUUACGCUUUUCUAUGUCCUUUGUUUUUUUGUUUGGUAAAUGAGUUGCCGUUUUUAGUGAUGCAAAAAUCUCUCGUCCAUCUAAUACGGUAAACUCUCAUUAUAAUGAAAUCACUUUCUUUCUUUUUUUUUCUCUCUCUUUUUUUGUAUCAAGUAAAGCCUGACAAGGUUUUGUCUGCAGGCUCCAGAUGUGUUUUUACGCACUCCUAAGGUUACUUGUCACUGUGUUUAUGCCACUUUGAUGACAAGCGAGGUUUUACUGUCCACUGUGGUGGAUUGCAGUGGCAUCACUUUUUUCGUGCUACUGAAAUUAUGGGCUCUCUUGGAAAAGUGCCACAAGAUCGUUGAAACCGGCAGAUUUACAUAACUGACUGAUUCAAACAGACAGGUUGUCCAUCUUAAUUUUUGCUUACACCAUAAAAACAACUUUUCCUAAACUUGGGGGGGAAACACUAUUUGUGCUGCAAAUGGUUUCAUAGAGUGUGCUAUUAAUAUCUCAAUUGUUGAGAUUUGUGGGACGAUUUCUAGGUGAAAAAUCACUCGAAUCCUCCUUAUUGGGACAAAAAUAGCCAAAUGUUCUACAAAGUGGAAAUGAUUUUUGCUUGGAUGGGUUGACAUUCUUGAGUCUAUGUGAAAUCAUUCAUUCCAGUCCUAAAAGGCUUUAUCAUCUUUUAUGCACCCUGGGUAUGUUGAUGGCUGUGUCCAGAUGGUGCACCUGCAUUUAGAAGGUGUUCCAUUAUUAUCUUUUGAAGACACUCUUGGCCACUGGAAAUUGUUUUUCAGCUUCCUUAUUCUCGCAGUGAGGCUGUGUGGAAUGUUUGUUUGCCACGUCAUUCAUUGUUACGGGUAACUUUCUGCUUAAUGGGCAGCACGUUUUUUGCAAUUUUAUUUGCCAUCGCUGAAAAUAAAUUUGCAUAACACUGAUUUAGGGCCCAACGAACCCUAGGACUGAGCAUGACGAUAAACAAACAUGCUCCACGAUUUUUCUUCUUUUUGUUGCAGCUCUGUGCCAACAUUAACGAGCAUUGUGUAGGUUCCAUAUUUAUGUAAGCACUUUACUCUUUUAGGAAAACUUUGUGUUCUAUUUUUAUACACGUAGUGUUUUUAGCAUUAUUUGUAACGAGAGCUGUUUCCAAUAUGUUUGGCCAACCCACGGAUAAAGCAGCGAGCAUUGAUCAUGUAAUUGUUGGAUUCUAGUCUGGUACACAACAUUGUGCUCCAAAUGAAGUAGUUGUUUGAUCGCCGUAUUGUACUCGUGUUGUCUGACUGCAUUGAUCUGCCUUCAUAUAUUGUAUAGAAAGAGAGUCAUUUUGGGGCUGUUUUUGGGGCAACCUGGAAAAUACAGAAAAGGCAUAAAAAAAACAUGGAUGCCCCUCGUGCUCUUUGUACUAUUAUUUAUUGCCCCUCCUUCGAAUGGCCCAACCAACAGGGAUGUUAGGAUGUACAGACACAUUUUACUGGACAUUCGCGAAAGUUGUGUAAAUUUGACGCUGCUCAGACAACAGGUGGUGAAGAAACCUAGUCAGCGUAUUUAACAUGAUGCGACACGAGCAUGUAAUGCAGGAAAGCUUUUCCCCACUUUCUUUUUUUUCUUCUCCUCCUCCAUGAACUGAGUGACGUGCCUUCACUGUGUCACGCUUUUUCCUUCCAGUGCUUGUGGCUGUACAUACCUGUUUGCACGACCCCUCUGUCAGUCCCCUGUACAUUAUUCGGAUGGCUGAAUGAGAGACACACAUGUACUGCAUUUAUGCAAAGAUGUAGAUUAUAUGUAUACAUAAAGGUGUAACCCCAGGGAGGUGAGAAAGUGUCGGAGGCUGUCCAGCCUUCGUUUUUCCACUUCUGCUAAGUCAUUCUUUUGUAAAUAAAGACAGGAUAACCCCCAA